CCAUGUUCAAGUUUGCGCCAUGUACUAGGGAGAACUACUUCAAUAUCUGUGUGAUUUGUAUCCAAGCACGUUGUAACCAGUUUUUCCCAAACUAGCUGGCAAAACUAUCCAGUUCUGCCAACAUUGAACGCUCUCAUCGGACAACAUUUAAAUAAUCGAUAUUCCUCGGAAACGGAUGAUCAUUAGAGCCCUUUGAGCGGUUUACAUACCACUCAGGCUGACAGCCCCCUGUGUGACAGCAUCGAGGGACUAAUACUUAUCCUCUCGCUAACUCAUAAUGUCUUUAAAGAGCUUUCAACACGAAAUUCAGGAAAUUCACGCACGGGAACUUGCCCGCCAACGCGGCCAAGCUAGUGGCAUGGCCCCGCCUGCUUCGCGGAAUGUAAAUCCCAAGAAAAUACACAUACUCGAGGAAUCUAAUAUUAUCGGCGAGCCACCUCCGUCCAGGAAUGCCAGAGUUGAGGAUGAGGUCGAAGCAGUCCUGGCAUUGCUAUCUAUCCAUGACUAUGACCGAGCACGUACCUCGAUGGCACAACUCAUCACUGGACGCAAAGGCGAAUACAUAUUCCGCAUUGGCUGUCAACCAUCCCAUGCAUCACUCUUUGCCGGAGAAUGUGUGGACGACGCAACAGGAUGGUCGGGGGUCCCACGAACAGACGUCGAAAUCACUUCAUUGCAAUCAUCAGUUAAAAGGGUUGUGGAAGAGCUGGGGGGAAAGAUAUCCGUUCUUUUUGAGACUACCGACGGCCACUAUCCACGUGCAACUCUACUAUUACGAUUACCUCCCCCCAGCAUUGAAUUAAUUCCCGAGGUACGGUGUGCUGUUGUCGGGAACGUUGAUUCGGGCAAGUCUACAACACUAGGCGUUCUAACACGCGGUCCUCUGGAUGACGGGAGAGGCCGAGCUCGUGUAGCACUAUUUCGGCAUAAACACGAGAUUGAGACCGGACGGACAUCUAGUGUAGGGAUGGAAAUCCUUGGUUUUUCGACAGCUGGAACCCCGGUCCUUCCAAAUAUAUUACCAUCUGCUGACGCAAACGUGAUCCGACGCGAUAAACUGGGUUGGGACGAAAUUUCAGCACAGUCGGCCAAGAUAGUUUCUUUCAGUGAUCUUGCGGGUCAUGAGCGAUAUUUGAAAACUACUCUGUACGGGCUGACGUCCGGGGCGCCAUCGUGUGUGAUUCUUAUGGUGGGUGCCAACGCCGGGCUUAUUGGCAUGUCGAAAGAACAUCUGGCAAUAGCUCUGGCAUUAGGCGUGCCUGUCGUUGUCUGUAUCACUAAGAUUGAUAUGACCCCGCCUAAUAUUCUCAAUGAGACCACGAAACAGGUGGUGAAGAUUUUGAAGAGCCCUGGAUGCAGGAAAAUACCAGUCUUCGUGAACUCGAUGGAAGUCGCCGUUGAAUCGUCGCAGACAUUUGCGCAAUUCAAACUAUGUCCUAUUUUCCGCGUCUCCAAUGUCACUGGAGAAGGCCUUGACUAUUUUCGCACGUUCUUGAAUCUCCUUCCAUCCAGCGAAGCGGACACCGAGACAUUCACAGUUGAUCAGCCACUUGAGUAUUCGAUCACUGACGUCUGGUCUGUCCCAUACGUGGGGACAGUCGUCAAUGGCAUUCUCAACGGUGGAAGUGUCAAGACAGGUGACUCCGUUCUCUUUGGGCCAGACUCCAACGGACAUUUCCAGUCGACUGUUGUGAGGAGCAUGCAACGAAAACGGGCUGAUGUCGCGACAGCAGAUGCUGGCCAAUGCGUUGCCCUCGCUCUCAAGCGAGUGAAACGUGCGGCCGUCAGGAAGGGUAUGGUCAUAGUGCACAAGACUGAUACUCCCCCGAAAGCAACACGGCAGUUUGAAGGGCAGGUCCUUAUAUUAUACCACAAUACUACCAUGCAACGAAAUUACCAGGCCAUGCUUCAUUGUGGGGCUGUCCGCCAAACCGUCCGUAUCAUAUCGAUGGAUAACCCCGAGGGGGUCCUACGGACUGGCGAUCGAGCCACUGUUCAGUUUGAGUUCAUUACACAGCCGGAGUUUGUCAAGGUCGGGAUGAAGCUGUUAUUCCGCGAGGGUAAGACCAAGGGACUUGGUGUUAUCACUCGUCUGUUAUGACAGAGGGGAACGUGAUUAUGGUGCGGCGCCCGGCUGGUCUUUUAUCGACGUCCUAGGUUUCCUCGCUCAGGAAGAGAUUAUCUGCAGUCCUUCUCACCCACUAGUCACCCUCCCCUUGUCGCAGUCCAUCACAGACAGUUGGACUCAUUUUUUUCCUCCAGUGUGAGGCCUGUUGAUUGUAAUAACUAUUUGAGUGUGUCAUGAAGAAUUGUAUUCACAAGUACCUGGAUAUAUCUAUUUGUAAUUUGAAGGAAUAGAUCUACAGCUUCCAAUUUGUCA